CCUGGGGAGCGUCCGACAGCACGCGCGGGUCACGAGCGCCCCACGCUUCCCGGGGCGCACUGCCCGCCACCUCUCGGCUUCUGUGCCUCUCUGUCCACAGGCCCCAGACGACCUGGGACCACGAACCCUAGGGAUUCGCUGGGCGGCGCAGUGCCAGAGCGUCGUAGAGGCUUGAACGUCGUUCCUACGCCCCAGGUUCCUCGCCCCGCAACUUUCUGCGGCGCACGGGGACUCGGAGGAAGCGCCGGGCGAGUGGAUGCGGGCGCGAUGGACAGCGGCGCGCUGCCUCGGACCGCGCCCCCAGCGCCUGGCGUCUCGGGCUGCUGUCCCGCUCGGCGGCGACCAGACUCCCCAGAGCUGCUGCGCUGCAGCCGGCGGCGGCGGCCAGGCGCGAUAGAGACCGGGAGUGGCGCGGCGGCCGUGGCGCGGCGCAACGAGCGCGAGCGCAACCGCGUGAAGCUGGUGAACUUGGGGUUCCAGGCGCUGCGGCAGCACGUGCCUCACGGAGGCACCAGCAAGAAGCUGAGCAAAGUGGAGACGCUGCGCUCGGCUGUGGAGUACAUCCGCGCGCUGCAGCGCCUGCUGGCCGAGCACGAUGCUGUGCGCGCCGCGCUGGCGGAGGGGCUGCUGGCGCCAGCCGCGCGCCACCCCCUGCCCCGCGGGCCCGCCGGAACCCCCGCCGCUGCCACCUCGUCUUCCUGCGCCUCGUCGUCUCCUGGCCGCGGGCGCAGCUCGGAGCCCGGAUCCCCGCGCUCCGCCUACUCAUCGGACGACAGCAGCUGUGAGGGCGCUCUGAGCCCUGCGGAGCGCGAGCUGCUCGACUUCUCCAGCUGGUUAGGGGGCUACUGAGCCCUCCGCCUCGCGAGGUAAGC